AUGUAUGUCUUCGCCUGUCUGCCACCCCAUGAGACCGACCAUGAGCAGCGCAGCGCCGAGUCCCGCGACCUCAUUGGCGAGUGCAAGAGCGAUCGCAGAGACCGCCAAGGCUGGAAAGACCGUAUCAGCGGCAUUCAGUGUGACGGAAACAUGAGCUCAUGCCCAUCUGCCGUUGUCCAAGCCGAGCAAGUGUUUGGCCGCAUCGACAUUCUCUUGUGUUGCAGUCUAGAAGGUAUACCGCGAGGAUCCGGGGCCCCCUACCAGUUUCUUUUCUCACAGGGAAACUUCAUCAAGGCAACAUUUCCCGUCCCGAGGAAGCAACAUACAGGCCACCUCAUUGCUCUCACAAGCACCUGCGGUCACCUGGGAACGCCAGGCUUGGCAAUCUUGUCGGCGGUUACUGGGGAUCUGGAAGAUUAUUGCGAUUCGUUGGUAUACGAAGUGUCGGUCCAAUCUGCAGAUUCAGUCUCGCUCACCAGCCGCCUCACCUUUGCGCCGCAAACGGCGGCGUACGUAGAUGCCUAUCCAUCAGCGCCCAAUGUUCGCGACAUUCUCAUCAACGUCUUGGAUUCGGAUCCUGAGACGGCCGUGCCCGAAAGUAGCAGAGCCAGAGCCAGGAACCACGCCUUGCACACCGGACAGCACGUCGUUGGAGCCGGAGCCAGGCCGCGGGAACAUCUUUUCUCGCCACAACAAGCUGUCGGACCACGCUGCGGAUGCGCUCCUCGGCGAGACCAUCCGCGCGCUCACAGCCAUUGGUGGGCCACGAACCCCCCCCCGGCGUGGCACGUCGUGGGUGCCGAUGCUGCUUUGGCAGUCAGGGAGAAGCUCAAGACGGUGACGGAAGAGAUGGAAGAUUUUGUAGACGCGAGUCUUUCCGUCGAUGGUUUUGAAAGCGACUUGUUGUGCAUGAUGAAGCGAUGCAGUAAUAGAUACCCCUUUCCGCUAGGAAACAGAGACUAG